AUGUUGUUCGGGAACGUGAAAGGGAAAUUUCCGGCCGAGGGCAUUUUCGGAAAUUGGAGAGGGUUAGGGGACUCGGUUAGGUCUAGGGUAACUGUGGGGAAAGGGGCGGAGGCAGAAAUCGAGGCCAUGGUAGAGGAGCAAGGGAGGAGAGUCCUUGCAAGGAUGUUCGAGUUUAUUAGGCCAUCGGCGCUCGGCAUCGAGCCGGAAAGUAGCAUCCGAGCGGCCGAUGAUGUGGUCGAGGCCAUGGCCAUGGCUGCCGGAGGGAUAGUAUUCGUACUUGUUUUCGAACGGGACAACCGGCAGCCAUGGUGCAUCGAUAAUACGCGCGAGGGCACGGGUUUCCCUUCGCAAUCUUCUGCCCGUAUUUGCGCCAUUGGCAUCCAUCGGUUAUCUGUUUCGCUACUCAUAUUAUUCGAUGGUAAUCAUGAAAUAGUCGUCGAAAACAUACAUACCAUAGGAGCCUCCGACCGAGCCCUAACCGAUACCCGAGCCUUCUUGAUGGCGGCCUCGGUGGCUUGA